AUGCACUUCACCAGCUACAUCAUCGCCCUCCCCCUCGCCCUCGCCGCGCCCCUCCUUACUCCCCGCCAACAGAUCAUCCCUACCCUCCCCGCUCUCGGUAUCCCAGAGAUCAGGGACAUGAUCCACCAGCGCAUCGACGAGGUGUUCGGCGUCCAGUACCGCGGUCGUAAAGCCGUCAUUGGCGACUACAUCAACAGCAAGCUUCCCUUCGCCGACACGGUCAAGCAGGUCAUCGGCGCCGACCACACUACCCAGAUCGACAUCCUUGCGGAUCGCCUGUGUAUCGCUGGGGCCAACCAAGGCAGCACGUGCAAUGAGCUCCUAGCUUAUGCGCAUGCUUGGUAUGUCGCACAGCAAAACGGAUGGACGUUUGAGUUUGUCGCUCAGUCUCUCGGUGCCAACAACAUGCAGCAGAUCGACCAAGGGCUGCGCACCCUCUGCCUCCAACCCGCAGACGACCAGGAGGCGCAGGACGAGGGUCUCUGUCAGCGCAUCUCGUAUGCUGCAGAUCAGGACGCCAACGCUUUGAUCGAAGAGAACACCGAGCUCGAAGACAGUGGAAACUCAAACUCGCUGGAGUACUUUGGUCUACAGGCGAUCCUUCCUCCACCAUCGCCUCUUGGUGUUUGA